CUGAUUUACAAGACCAAAAACCAAUCAUCUAGGACCACACCCACUAGUUUGAAGUCUACUACUGUGUGUGUUUUUCUAGCCACGGCCAUCCUCUGUCCCGGAGGCGGCGCACCAAUUGGAAGCUGUAGCAACGGCGGCUACUGUCCAACUGGAUAUUCAUGUUGUGUUGUCCGGCUAUGGCGCAGGUACCAAUUCCUGUACCAGUACCAGCACCAAGCAGACAAAUGCCAUGUCAUCGGGACGGGACCACCUAACUGUACUCAUGUUCCAGUGCCAUGUCCAACUGGAGUACCACCGGUAGGCGGUUGUAUCAACGGUGCUUGUGCCACUGGCUACAGCUGUAUCAAUAACCAAUGCUGUAUCUCACCCGUCACCAGGAAUCCUUUCGGAUACACUUGCCAGAAUGGUUUGUGCUGUCUGGGUACUGCUGGCUCAGCAGUCAGAUGUCUUGAUGGUUCGGAAGCCAUCGGUGCUUGCAUACCAUCGUGCACUGGCGGUAACUGUGGAAAUAUCCAAAUCAGCUACUAUUGCGGUACCGGAUACACCUGCACUACCGGAAACAUCUGUUGCCCAAUUUCAAGCUGUCCCAACGGUGGCGAUCCAAUCGGACCACCCGUCAACGGUCUCUGCCCUGAGGGUUAUACUCUACAAGGAAAUAUGUGCUGCAGUAUCGUGGGUGCUGGAGCCUGUCCUGACGGAAGCGCGGGAACUCCUCCGGUAAAUGGUAUCUGCCCUGCCGGUACCCAGUUGAUCAACAACGUGUGCUGUCCACUCGCUGCUGCUGCACAACUUGUGAAAGCACUCAUUGCGAGGAAGAAUGUGCCUUGGGAAAAGAAUUUGCGUUACUUUACAUGAGA